AUGCCUUACUCUUCGUUUUGUUUUUUCUUUGCCCUUGCCAAUCUUUCUGGACUGGCCGGGCUAGCUUGCCCUGCCAAAUACCGGCUGCUCUGGAUCCCAUCUCUCAUUACGACCAGUGUACUUGCAUUCCAACGCCUGAGCGAUAUACCAAUCUCUGUGGACGCCGCAAGUACACUGGGGCUGUUCAUUAUCAUCUGGAACGCACAUGUCAUAAGCUUGGUCACCGUCCACCACUCAGACAGAGUGCAAUUUUUAAUGCGGCAAUCUCGAGGAGAGCAUGAGGACACCAAAAAGUCCUUCGUGCUUCUACCAGAGACUCAGAAGGAAUGGCAUUGGAAGGGUGCAUACAAGAUGCUGUAUAACAGCCGCUGGAUCGGCUCCUCCAUCGAAGUUCCUGGGACUCGUACGGCCAAGGUCAAGCCCGUCGAACCUGCUCAGCGUAAAAAGGGGAGCUAUCCGGCGAUCUCCUGGCAUCAGUAUCUUGAGAAAUAUCUGAUAUCUCCAAGGCCAACGUUCAUGAUCAUACAGAUUCGACGCUUGCUCGUCAUUGCGGCUAUGACGAAGUUCCUGUCAGUCAUCCUGACAAACCCUCAACAUCAGGCCUUCCAACCCUUACAGAUUUUCGACAUCAACGCCACCCACGAUUCAUACUUUCGCCGCAUCGGCGAAGUCACAGCGCGCGAAACUACAAUCCGCCUAAUCACCGUAUUCUUCUUCAUCUGGAACGCGUACGCGAACCUGACAUCCCUCCACGCCGCUCUAUCCAUCAUAUUCGUCGCCCUUCUCCGCUUUGAUGACCCAGAUGAAUGGCCACCCCUCUUCGGCUCGCUUGGAAAGGCGGUUUCUAUCAGACGCUUCUGGACCGGCUUUUGGCACUCACUAGCAUACCGGCCGUAUGAGGCAAUCGCCGAGGUUCUGACGAACACGCUGCUCGGGCUUAAGAAACACGGCGCUCUACACCGGCCGAUGAAGAACCUCGUGAUCUUCAUGUGCUCGGGCAUCAGCCACGCUCUGGUCGCGCAGCAGUUACUUCCUUGUGGCGCAAGGGAAGAAAUAUGGUGGUUCUCGGUGAACUUUGCUGCGGUUGUCUUCGAGGACAUUUUUGGACUGAUCGUAAAGAAAGCGGGUCUCAGGCCUUCUGGUGCGGGAGGGAAACUAGUAUGGAGGAUAGGCGGGUAUCUAUGGACGCUGGGUUUUAUGUUCUGGUCACUUCCCAAAGUCCAAUACCCCCAACUCCGUUGUACGGUAGGCGGCGAGGUUUAA